AUGAGGUUCGCCCUCACGAUUGACUUGGAGAAAUCUGUCACCAAGACUUCCAUGAGAGGUGAUGGAGAGGAAAGCAUGAAGCAGGAUUGUAUACCUUAUGGCAUUGGGCCCAGUCUGCAGAAUACGGGCAACACCUGCUACCUGAAUGCAGCCCUGCAGUGUCUCACGUAUACCCCACCCCUCGCCAACUAUAUGCUGUCCCAGGUGCAUUCUCAAAGCUGUGGUCAUUCGGAUCGCUGCAUUCUGUGUGCCGUGGAAACGCACUUUCUCUGGGCCCUGCACAGUCCUGGCGACGUGAUCCAGCCCUGUCAAGUGCUGGCUGCUGGCUUUCACCCAAACAGGCAGGAAGACGCCCACGAAUUUCUGAUGUUUGCUCUGGAUGUCCUGAAGGCAGCAGGUCUGCCUGGGCUCACGGACGGGGUGGGUCCCCAAGAGGACCAAUCUCCAUCCCAGAAGAUAGUGGGAGGACACUGGAGGUCUCAAAUCCAAUGUCUCCAGUGCCAAGGCAUUUCAGAAACCUUGGACCCUUACCUGGAGAUCGCGUUGGAUAUCAAGACAGCCGACAGUGUGGAGCAAGCUUUGCAGCACUUGGUGCAACCUGAAGAGCUGGCUGGAGAAAACGCCUAUCACUGUGCUACCUGCCUACAGAAGACAGCUGCUUCCAAGACACUCACCUUGCAAUCGGCUGGCAAGGUGCUUCUCUUUGUAUUGAAACAGUUUUCUGAUUUCACGGGUGAGAAACUUGGUGUAAAAGUGCACUAUCCCGAUUCUGACAUGAGACCUUACAUGUCUCAGCAGAACGGGAGGCCACUGGACUAUGUUCUCUAUGCGGUUCUCGUCCACGUUGGCUUGAGGUGUCAAUCAGGACACUACUUCUGCUAUGUCAAAGCUGGCAGUGGCCACUGGUAUAAAAUGGAUGAUGCGAAAGUAACUGCCUGUGACACCACUUGUGUCCUGAAUCAAAGUGCCUACGUGCUAUUUUAUGUCCGCAAGAGUGGAGUUGGAGGAGAACAUGGGACAGUGUCUCCAGGCAGGGGACCCUCCGACUUGGAGGCUGCAAACACACGUGGCCAUACACCAGGAGAGCUUGAAAGGCCUUCCCCUCUUGAAGCUGGAGAGUCAGAGGAGCACUUGGAGCAAACAACUCAGGACUUGACCUUGGAUGCGUGGCAAGCCCUCCAAGCCCAGAACACACCAAGGAGUGCAUUCAGCCUCAGGACAGUGGAGCCCACGCUGCCCAGCAAUGCGAUCGUAAUUCACCAGGCAAGAUCUGCCGCAGGGAUGAGGAAGCACCAUCCUGACCAGGAAAGGGCCCUGCUGCACGGGGCAGCUGGGCACAUCACUGAGCAGGUUGCCAUGAAUCCUGGCAACCUCCCUUGUCCGGGAGGAAGGAGCAAACCUCCCAAGAGGAAGAACAAACCUGCAAAGAGGCCUCUGUUGUUGCUGUUCCGCUGA